AUGACUUACACCCGGACUAUUGCAGAAAAACCGGACUCAGUGGUGCGUUUGUUGUCGUGUGCCCUUCACCGAAUCCGCACAACGCCUCCUCGAAUAAUCACUUCGCCAGCAACUCAACCUCGUCGGGCCGCUGUCGCCAUCAUUAUCCGUGUCGUACCUCCCCCCAAUACCAUCCCAGUGCCAGUUGACACCCCCCUACCUACCUUAAGUCAAUUCUUCGAGUUAGAUUGGGUCAAGGACCCUCUCGCGUGCCCAGAAUUUCUUCUUUUGAGACGCGAUGGUGCAGGUCCUUCCGAUGCAGUUCCAGGGCGUGCAUCUGCAUUCCAGAACUUCACUGGCGAUGGGACUUCGAAGGGCAGCGGCAAGGCUGGAGCUCACGUUGCUUUCCCCGGCGGACGUACUGAAGAAGGAGAUGAAGGAGGUCUUUAUACAGCCAUGCGUCAAACAUGGGAAGAGAUUGGCUUGGACCUCGCAGAGCGUGACUUUGCUUUCAUAGGUCAACUCGAUGACAGAGAGAUCACUACAUCGCUGGGCAAGCGACUCCUCAUGAUUCUGUCUCCUUUCGUUUUCUUGCAGCUCACUCCAAAUCCUCUCCCCACCGACCCAACGGACGGGACCAACAUCCACUGGGUACCGCUCGAGACUCUUGCUAGCGCAGUUUUACCAGGACAUAUAGGUGACAAGAUGAACGCAAAAAGCAGAUGGUCCAGCGUGACUGUGGAUGCUGCGUCCAGGCUCACACCUCGGCGCGCUGCUAUCUUGAAAAUAUUAGUUAGAAUUCUCAUAGGCAGCAUGCAGUUCCCCGCCAUAUUACUCGAUCUUCCAGAGUCCGACGCGAUACCAGGCUCAUCCACAAGUAGUUCUGCAGCACUCCCGAAAAACGGAUCGUACCCCGCACUGACGCAGGACAAGCUCGAAAAAGGAUUUACCGCUACGAAGCCGCUUUCAGGGAAGGACCAAAAUAAGUCGCGGCACCAACUCAAGUUGUGGGGUCUCUCUCUUGGCAUGACGCUCGACCUGAUGGCGACUAUGAUACCGCCCACGGCGCUUCCCUCUUCCGCCGAUCCCAAUAAACAGCCCACGCCUCAAGAUCUGUACAAAGUUUCCUUGCCUAGUCUGCACCUGCCCUUCCACCCUGUAGGGGGUGAAGGAAUGCGCAUUGAUGCUGUCGCACCCAGCCUAGCGAGUGUCUUCCCUCGUUUCUCCUAUCCAGAUGUCAACUUCUGGAUCUGGGUUUUUGGAAAACGUUAUCGCGAGGUUGUGCGUGGGUGGGAAGCUAGUGUACGCGAUGGAGGUUCCAAUGUCCGACGGGUCAACUGGUCGGGCACGGCACUGAAUACAUUCUACGCCGCGGUUCGCAAGGCUUUACUCGUAGUCCUGGUUCUUCGUGCGAUCGGUGUGCUCGUUGGUCUUGUGUUUGCCGGAUGGUGGGUGUUUGCAUGA